GUUUCACUUUCUCUCUCUCUCUCUCUCUUGCGGCUAGGGUUUUUAUCUCUCUCUCUCUUCUUCUCUUUUCUCUCUCAAACCUUAAUCCUAUUCCCUCUUGUUGACAGAUCUGUAUAGUUUUACCAUGGAGGACUUGUUAACUUAGGGUUUCCUGGUCGCCUUUCGAAGUAGAAUCCUUGAGUGGGUGGGGGAUUUUGCUGUUCACUGCUGAUUUUAUCGGAAAUGGCGACCAUGAACCCUUUCGAUUUGUUGGGUGACGAUGAUGCCGAGGACCCGUCGCAGCUGAUGGCAGCUAUGCUGAAGGUCGCUCCUGCCGCCGCCGCUGCCCCUAAGAAAUCUCAUUCUCAACCUCCAGCUAAGCAGCCGGCUCAGUCUCAGUCUCAGUCUCAGUCUCAGUCUCAAGCCAAGCAGUCGGCUAAGCUCCCCUCCAAACCUCUACCUCCGGCUCAGGCUGUGAGGGAGGCAAAGAAUGAAGUUGGCAGGGGAGGUCCUGGGGGCGGACGUGGAUAUGGGCGUGGCCGUGGUGGAUACAGUCGGGACACCAAUAAUGAGAAUUCAUUCAGCAAUACUGGACGACCUGCUGGUCAAGGUGCCCCUGAAGAUGGAGAUGCUGCUAAGCCCUCUGAAAGGCGUGAAUAUAGUGGACCUCGUGGUGGUUACCGCAGCAGCGGUCGUGGUGGUGGUGGUUACACUAAUGGUGAAGCUGGUGAUGGAGAUCGCCCACGUCGGCAAUUUGAACGUCAUAGUGGGACUGGACGCGGAAAUGAGAUCAAACGAGAGGGGUCUGGUCGUGGGAACUGGGGAAGUCAGGCUGAUGAACUUGCUCAGGUGACUGUGGAAGUUGUCAAUGAGGGUGAUAAAACCUUGGGUGAUGAGAAGUCCGUUGGAGAGGAGCAAACAGCAGAUGCAAAUAAGGAGGCCACUGCUAAAGAACCUGAAGAAAAGGAACCAGAAGAUAAGGAAAUGACUCUUGAAGAAUAUGAGAAGGUGCUAGAAGAGAAGAGGAAGGCCCUGCAGCCACUCAAGGCCGAGGAAAGAAAGGUGGAUACUAAAGUGUUUGAAUCCAUGCAGCAGAUCUCAAGCAAGAAGGGGAAUGAUGACAUCUUUAUUAAAUUGGGCUCUGAUAAGGAUAAGCGGAAAGAGGCUUCUGAGAAGGAUGAGAAAGCUAAAAAGUCCGUCAGCAUUAAUGAGUUCUUGAAGCCUGCUGAAGGGGAAAGGUACUACAGCCCAGGUGGUCGUGGGCGAGGGCGUGGUCGUGGUGCCAGAGGAUUCAGUAACAGAGAUGCAACGAGCAAUGUGGUAGCUCCUUCCAUAGAAGAUCCUGGGCAGUUCCCGACCUUGGGUGGCAAGUGAGACCUUUUAGAACCCCGCAUUAGAUCUUCUUGGUUGACCAUUUGUGGGCUCUUUUUUUCUUUUUUAAGUCCAAUGUGUGAUUUAUUUUGCUUUCUUUAACAUUUUUAAAAUUAGAUAGAUUAAAAAGUAUACAAAUCGUUGAAAUUGAUUAAAAAAUAAUAUAGAAAUUUAUUA